ACCACCCUUUUCACUCCUUCUUCGUGUCCUCUCUUCUCUCUUUCCCAACCAACCUUCCUUCAAUUUCCUUACUAUUUUUUUAACCCAAUUCCCAGGUACCCUGUUUUCCUCUGUUUUCCCCUGUUUUUCACAUUUUCAUCACAAUGUCUCCCUCAAGUGUCUGCCAAGGGUUGCAAUCUUGUCUCGAACCCUGCGUGAUGGAGUCACGUGUUCUCAGGCUCAAACUAGCAUUACAACAUGGCUCCAAUUUUUCUGACCCCUCCACUGUCUCACCCCUCACCAACCAUGAAUGUGACAAAAACGACACAAAUUCAUCCAACCUUGGUAGUGGCUGGGGUUUCCUUCAAACUCUCCAACACACUUCUCACUGUCAAAAGAAAACAGAGGACAAAGUUUACAUCCACCCCACAGUUAAACGCUCUUCUUCAUUUCUCAACGAAAAAAGCUUAGAAAUGUGCACCGAAAGCCUUGGCAGCGAGACCGGUAGCAAUGCCAGUGAAAGCAGUGAUGGAAUGUCUUUGUUUUCCUUCGACACCAACACUUGCUCCACCAAAUAUACUACUACUACUGAUAUUACUAAUGCUACUGCUAUCACUGUUACUACUAGUGUUACAAGUUGCAAUUCGAAGCGAGUGAAUCGUGCUUGUAAUCUUCCACCACCACUUACCACAAUAACUGAUUUGGGAGGGGUUCAAGUUAGGCCUCGUCGCGAAGGUGGAAGGCUAAUAUUGGAAGCCGUUGCUUCUCCUUCCCCUCGUCCUUAUUUUCAUGCAGAGCGUGGUGAUGGCAGGCUUAGGCUGUGUUUGGUUGAGAGUUUUUCAGCCUCUGAUUGUGAUGAUAAUGAAGAAGGUGUUGAUGAGGAGGAAGAAGAAGAAGGAUGUGAAAAUGACAAAAAGGAAGAAGCAGUAGUAGAAAAAGGGUGUGGUGAUUUGGACAGUGGGGCAGAGGAGGAGUGUGUGGAGAACGUGGAGGAUGAGAUGGAAGUGAAAAUGUUUGCAAGACCAAGCAGGUGCAAGGAAAGUGGGAAAAUAGAUAUUUUUGUGAUGCCUUGGCUAAAUUGUUUGAGCCUCCCUCUGUUUCUCUCUGUCUCUGAAUACAAUUUCGUUUACUAAUACUCACUUUCCUUGUAUUUUCUUUUCUUUUAGGAUUCCAACAUUCCUGCUUCGUAUUUCUCAAUGUUCUAAUGCUAGUUAGUUAUUAUAGUUAUUGGUUAUAUUGGACAUCGUCCUUUGUGCUGCUUGUUUCUGUUUCUGUU